UCCAAAAAAAUUUAUUUUCUAAUCAAUUUUAUUAGCAUUAGGAAUUCAAAAUACUUACUAACCCUAAUAAUAUCAUGCUAACAAUUUGUGUUGGAUGGUGGCCUUUCAAGAUGCCUCAGUUACGUUAUACCGGCAAUAUGGCCAUGUUUGGUAACCGUAGCAGGCGAGAAGGAUCACAUAAGAAGCUGGACCGGUUUAUUCGUUUCCUUCACCUCUCUUUCCUUCCUUCUCAUGCUCCUCCUCCUCCUCCUCCUCCUCCUCCAUCGAAGAUGAGACGACAAUUGGGACAAGCUCACUCUCCGGCCGCCCUCCUUGCAGCCCUCUUCUGCCUCCGUAUCCUCCCCGCCCUCGCGGCCGCCGCUGACUUGGGCAACCUCGAACCACCAAGUGCACCGACCCUAGAACCACUCCUCGCAGUGACGGAGCGAAGCGGGAGGGUCGUGACGGUGAGGAAGGACGGCACCGGAGACUUCCGAACGAUCACGGACGCCGUCAAAAGCAUCCCAUCCGGCAACACCGCCCGCACCGUCAUCAAGAUCGGCCCGGGGGUCUACCGGGAGAAGAUCCUCGUCGACCGGUCCAGGCCGUACGUCACGUUCUACGGCCAACCCGGUGCGAUGCCGACGAUAUCGUUCGACGGCACGGCUGCGAGGUACGGGACGGCGAACAGCGCCACCGUCGCCGUGGAGUCCAGCUACUUCGUCGCGAGCAACGUGAUCUUCGAGAACACGGCACCGAUGCCAAGCGACGGAGUGCAGGGAGCUCAAGCGGUGGCGAUGAGGAUAUCGGGGGACAUGGCAGCCUUCUACAACUGCAAGUUCUACGGAUACCAAGACACGCUUUGCGAUGACACCGGCAGGCAUUUCUUCAAGAACUGCUUCAUUAGGGGAACAGUCGACUUCAUCUUUGGCAAUGGCAGAUCCAUCUACCAGGUUCUAUACUCCCUUCUGCUUCCUCUCUGUUGCACACUUAAUGUGGCAGAUAAUGUCGCCUACAUUACAGCACAAGCGAGAUCUAAUCCAUCAGAUAAGAGUGGCUUCUCCUUCAUCCACUGCAACAUCACAGGCACCGGGAACGCAUUCCUGAGCCGGGCAUGGCGAGAGAUGUCGAGGGUGGUCUUCUCCUACACCCACAUGGGCCGCCUCAUCGACCCCAGAGGCUGGGACAACAAGGGCGUCGCCGGCCGCAACAGGACGGUGUACUUUGGCGAGUACAAGUGCUUGGGACCUGGGGCUGUUACCGAUGGGCGUGUGAACUAUGCCAGAUUACUCAAUGAUAAGCAGGCAAGGCCAUUCCUCACCAUGGACUUCAUCCAAGCACAAUCAUGGCUUCUUCCUCCCCCUGCAGUCUAG